UAAGUAUACCUAUAAUUGUCAGUUGAAUUCUAAAUUCAAAAUUAACUUGUCAUUGCAGGAUCCACUUAAAAAUGGCGUUUUGGCAGUUCAAACAUUACGGAACAACAUAAUGGCAUCUACACUUUUGGCGACAACUGCAAUCACUCUCAGCUCUUUAAUAAGUGUGUAUGUCAGCAAUAAAUCAAACUCUUCCUCCUUGAAAUUAGUUUACGGUAAUAAAAGUCCAAUCAUGUCAUCCGUAAAGUUCUUCGCUAUCUUGCUCUGUUUUCUUGUUGCCUUUCUUUGCAAUGUGCAGUCUAUUAGAUACUAUGCCCAUGUUAGCUUUCUAGCUACAGUGCCUACAUUCAAAGACACAAAAGAUGCUAUAGAGUAUGUUGUAAUAAACUUGAACAGAGGAAGCUUCUUUUGGUCGAUAGGACUUCGGGCAUUUUACUUUUCGUUCCCCCUGUUCCUUUGGGUCUUUGGGCCGAUACCCAUGUUCGUAUGCUGCUGCAUAAUGUCAUUUAUUCUCUAUUUUUUGGAUACUACUACAAACUUUACAAGGAAUCUGCACAGUUAUUCUAUCAAGAACGAAGCAAAGGCUGAUGAUUUGGAGUCAGUUCUUCCCUGAACAUAGAAGUGACGGCCAGAAAAUACUUCAUUCUCAUAACUUUUGUUAGUAGAGAAAGAGAUUUCUUUGUCAAUGUCCCGCUCAAGCUUAAUUUUCUUCUUUUGGCAUGUUGGGUAUGUACUACUGGAUGGAUACGACAACAUAGUAGAUAAGAUUUUAACUUAUUUUCUUUAUUAAUAUUGUCCAUUGCUGCUCAAUCCACUUCACCAAACAUUUCUAAUGUAUCUGGUUGCUGCAUCUCUUUUUUU